GUGAUGUACGACGCGCAAGUGUUUAGAUGUCUCGUGUCUACACGUCUUCUGUCUUUACAAGUUCAUUUUUCCCUUCAUUCUUUGGUGAUUCGCUGCUACACAGUUUGCACUCCGCAGAAGUGAAGGUGUCUGAUGUUGUCGCGCGUUGCUGAAUGCGUCACGUGACGGCGGUGUGAUUGGAGAUUAAGAAAGAAAGGGCAUCCUGCCCUAUUUUGUGCAUGUAGAAGAGGAUCCAUGGGUGUCCUGCGGGUGCUGUCGGUCACCAUGGGAAGGAUCAGCACUUUUAGGUCCUAUCAGAUCAUGCUGCUCUUUGCUGCAGCCCUGGCAGUGGUGGCCUUCUACUACUUUGGCUCUGAAAAGCAGAACUUCUCCAGCACCACAAAACGGAUCAAGGAAACACAAGCGAGCCACAACAGCAAUCGUGAUGAUGCAGAUCUCUCCAUAGACAUCCGGUCUGGAAGUCCAGAAAGCAGAACGGGAGCUGGAGAUGAGCUGGAGGGAAAGCUGUCACGCUUUCAUGCUCUCAUGAUGUUCACCAAAGUUGACAAGAGCUUGAACUUGCAGCAGAAGUUUCAGGUGGCCAUGCGCUCCGUGGCCAAACAUGGACGGUUCCUGGAGGAUGAGGUGCUGGUUCUCCAUUACGUCUCUGAUGCUGGAAGUCGGGAGCUGGGGUAGAAGAUGCUUCCUGAACUUCUGCUGGAUGCAACCUUCCGGUACGAGGUGGUGUUUCACGAUGUAGGUGCCCUUACGGAGAAAUUGUUCCCCAUCGUAGAGGCUAUGCAGAAACACUUCAGUGCAGGUUCCGGCGCGUACUAUAGCGACGCCAUCUUCUUCCUGUCGGUGGCCAUGCAUCGCAUCAUGCCUACAGAACUGAAGCGCAUUGUUCAGUUGGACCUGGACCUCAAAUUCAGAAGCAACAUCAGAGACCUCUUUCAAGAGUUUAACCAUUUCCCUGCUGAGGCUGUCAUUGGAAUUGCACGUGAAAUGCAGCCGGUUUACAGGCACACUUUCUGGCAGUACCACAAAGAGAAUCCGAAGUCCCGUGUGGGUGACCCUCCACCAGACGGUCUGCCCGGCUUCAACAGCGGCGUAAUGCUUCUGAACCUCGACGCCAUGCGUCGCUCUACCUUAUACAACCAGCUUCUGGAGCCCGAGCGGGUGGCUCGCCUUGCAGAGAAAUACCACUUCCGGGGGCACCUAGGUGAUCAGGAUUUCUUCACGAUGAUCGGGAUGGAGCACAGGGAACUGUUUUACCCACUGUCCUGCGGCUGGAACCGACAGCUUUGCACAUGGUGGAGGGAACACGGGUAUGGUGACGUCUUCCAGCUGUACUAUCGCUGCGAUGGGCCGGUGCACAUCUACCACGGCAACUGCAACACUCCCAUACCCGAUGAUUGAGGUUCAAAGUGUGCCUUUGAAUGCCAACUUUUAGAUUAAACUCAUUUUGUUUGCACAUCUUGAACAACUUUAAAUCAAGUGGACCAAGGCAGAAGGGGCUCAUUGUUAGAGGUGCUAAUAGUGCAGCAUUCCCAUGACUAAUAACAUUUACACAAUAUAACACCGCUGAGUCUGUUGGUGCCUUUCCAAAGUUACUGAAAGAACUCUGGGUUAAAUACCAGUUGUUUUUCUUUAUUUAAAGAAUGCAGUGAGGCUUUGACUCUCAGUAGUCUGAGUUUCUUCAUGCAGGUGUCUCAUUAAAUCACUCUUAGACAGCAGGUUGUUAAAAAGAGCCAACCAGAGAGUCUUUUUCGCCUUCUAAUUUCACUCUAUUGUUUACAGGUGCAGUUGCAGUCUUGCAGUCACAUUAAGGUACCACUUAUCUUCGCUUUAAAAUGUUGCUGCAUAUAUUUUUACUAGUUUUAACCUCUCAUCUUCAAUAAUGUGAAAUGAAUUCCCACUUUAAGCCACAUUUCCCACUCAGUCGCAAAUGUUUUAUGCAGUGAUGAUGAGAAACGAGGGGGAAAGGAUGUUGACCCAUUUUCCUGAGUUUUUAUGCGCUGAUUUUGGAAAGCCGUUUCUCUGUGAUGUGCAACUGAAUCGCCUUAGAAUAGCCAAGAUAACAUCUCAGAUCAGAGGUCUCAUUCUUGCCAAGGUGGUCUGAUCCGCCUGAGAAAUGUGGAAGUGGGAUUUGCUGGAAUAUUCCAAAGGGAACAGCCUUUGCCCUGAGGGAGAAAUGCGCUAGAUUCUAGGGCAGAGCACUAGCUGUUGUGGUUGGCUGGCAUUUAUUGAGCGAUGUUGCUGUUGGCGAAACUCUGCGGGGUUGUGUGGAUUGCUCGUAAUAACCUGUGCAAUGUCAAAUCAACAGGCCAGAGAGAAAGAACUUAGUAAUCAGGCCUCACAUGUUUUGGCAGGCAGCCAUGAUAUCCCACUUUAAGCGCUUCUGUGUCCAGUAUGGU